ACAUUAUUGGUGAUGCGUCCCGUCAGCGGCUUGUUGUCCGGGAAAGUGACCCUUCCAUGUUAUUUCUCCAUCAUCCCAACUGUUGGACCUAGAAACAGAAAUGCCUCCGGAACAGAUUACCUGCGCAUCAAAUGGACAAAAUUUGAGGGGGGUGUGGAGUCGACUGUUCUUGUCACCCAAAACGGCGUCAUUAAGAUUGGCUCGGGGUACAGGAGUCGCGUGUCUGUGCAGAGUCACCCGGAAGACAUUGGCGAUGCUUCUCUAACUAUGGUGAAGCUCCGGGCAAGUGAUGCUGGAACAUACCGCUGUGAAGUAAUGUUUGGGAUUGAGGACACGCAAGACACAGUUAGUUUAAAUGUUGAUGGCGUGGUGUUUCACUACAGGUCAAGGGUCAGCAGAUACACUCUGAACUAUGCACAAGCUGUGCAGACCUGCAGCGACGUCGGAGCAACCAUCGUUACGGCAGAACAGCUGAGAGCUGCUUAUGAGGAUGGAUUUGACCAGUGUGAUGCUGGCUGGAUUGCAGAUCAAACAGUGAGAUAUCCAAUCACUAGACCAAGGCCUGGCUGCUUUGGAAAUCUGCCUGGAAAACCUGGUGUCAGGUCUUAUGGCAAACGCAGGCCCACAGAGACCUUCGACGUGUUCUGCUAUGUGGAUAAGCUUGAGGGCAAUGUUUACUUUGCGCCCACAAUGCAAAAGAUGACCUUUGCUGAGGCCAAGGCGGAGUGUGAAAGCAUGAAUGCAGAGCUGGCUUCACCUGGUCAACUCCACGCUGCCUGGAGACAGGGCCUCGACCGAUGCGAUUAUGGAUGGCUGUCUGACGGCAGUGCCCGCCACCCUGUCUCCGUACCCAGAAGUCAGUGUGGUGGUGGCCUGCUGGGUGUCCGCACCUUGUACCGCUACCGAAACCAAACAGGCUUCCCGGAUCCCAGUAUGAGGCUUGGAGCAUACUGUUUCAAAGGUGUUCACUCCUGUUCUGAUGAUGUUUGCUUGAAUGGCGGUUCUUGUGCAAAAAUAGGCAGUGCUCAGAUCUGCAGCUGUCCACCUGGAUACAGUGGUGAACACUGUGAAAUGGACAUUGAUGAAUGUCACACAAACCCUUGUCGGAAUGGAGGAACAUGUAUUGAUGGCCUAAACUCAUUCACCUGUGUAUGUCUUCCGAGUUAUGCAGGAGCACUGUGUGAGCAAGACACCGAAACAUGUAGCUACGGCUGGCACAAGUUCCAGGGCCACUGCUACAAAUACUAUCCUCAUCGACGUAACUGGGACACAGCAGAGCGUGAAUGUCGUCUCCAGGGGGCACACCUUGCUAGUGUUUCGUCCCAUGAUGAGCAGCAGUACAUCAACCGCCUCGGCCAUGACUACCAGUGGAUCGGUCUGAAUGAUAAGAUGUUUGAGAAUGAUUUCCGGUGGACUGAUGGUAGAGUUGUGCAAUAUGAAAACUGGAGACCGAACCAGCCGGACAGUUUCUUCUCCUCAGGGGAAGAUUGUGUGGUAAUGAUCUGGCAUGAGGACGGCCAGUGGAAUGAUGUUCCCUGCAACUACCACCUCACCUUCACCUGCAAGAAAGGCACAGUGUCCUGCAGUCAGCCUCCUCUUGUCCAUAACGCCCGCACUUUUGGCCAGCUGCGCCCACGCUAUGAGAUCAACUCCCUGAUCAGGUACCAGUGCAUAGAUGGCUUCAUCCAGAGACAUGUUCCCACCGUUCGCUGCAGAGGAGACGGCUCAUGGGAUUUGCCUAGGAUUUCCUGCACGAGUCCCUCCAACUUCCAAAGGUUAUAUACAAAACGGUAUCAGACAUACAGAGGAGUCCUUCACAGUUAUCCGAAGAGAUCUGCAGACAAAUCAGUUGAUGUACUACGACGACACCAUCGCCAUGGUGUAAAACACAACCGGACACAACACUAGUUACUAUGGUGACACAACCAUAAUGUAAGGUCCAUUUUAAUGUAUUUUGAUAAAAUGUGACGGACCUGCCUGCUGGCUGAAAGAAAAAAAAAAAAUAAAGAAAAGAUUAUGAAAAGGACCUGAAAUAGGUUCAACAUAGAGUGGAAUAUCACUGGAAUGAAACAGUGUUUUUUUUCUGUUUUUAUCUUG